AUGGAGAAGACGGCGUCUAAAUCCUCGAUUCCGAUCGAUCCUGUGCAGACGCACGCAACGACCGGACCUGGUACCAUCGAAGAGGUCGAAGUUUCCAAGGCGAGCUUGAACAUGAAGUCUGACGAAGCUUUGGACUUCCUCGGCUGUCAACCCGGUGACUUCGUCUAUAGCGCCAAAGAAGCCAAACACGUGAGAUGGAAGUUGGACCUGGUUCUUUUGCCCAUGAUGGUCGGAACAUACGUUUUGAACUUUAUGGACAAAGUCGCUCUUUCUGAAGCGUCCAUAUUCGGUAUCAAAAAAGAUUUGAUUGUGUAUCUUGUCGUCGGCCCUAUCACAAUACUCUGGGGGAUUCUCAUAUUCUUCGGAGUGCCUGCUUCGCCUAUGACGGCGUGGUUCUUCAGUGAACGAGAGAAGAAGGUUGCGACCGCCAGGGUGAUCGAGUCACGCACCAGCGUCCGGAACACAGAAUACAAGCUGCAUCAAGUAAAGGAGUGCCUCAUAGACCCACAGACCUGGAUUUUGGCUGUCCAUGCAUUCUUGCAAUGCAUCGAAGGCGGUGGCUUGACAUCGUUCCAGAAGAUCGUCUUGACCGAAACACUUGGCUUCUCUAGCCGUCGAGCCACUUUGAUGAGCAUGCCUGCUGGCACCAUCCAUUUCCUAUCUGUCGUGCUUGCAGGAUGGUUCUGCAGUCGAUUCCGCAAUACGAGAUGCUAUAUGAUGAUAUUUACAAAUGUUAUUGUUGUCAUCGGUGCUGUGCUCGUAGAUAUUAUCUACGUCAACACUGUACCUUUUGGUCUGGGCAUGAGUAUGCUGAGUUCAAAUGUGGGCGGAUUCACGAAGAAGGCUACAGCAACUGUCAUGAUGUUCGUGGGAUACUGUACGGGGCAGUUUGUCGGGCCGCAGGUCUUCAUUGAUAAAGAGGCGCCCAAUUAUCCGACUGCUUUCAGGGUAUUUUACAGCGCCGUGUCCAUGAUGAUUGUCUUGGAAAUUGUUCUUCUGAGCUACCUCAAGCUUCAGAAUCAUCGCCGCGAUAAGAAGGCAGCUCAGUCUCCCACAGCAGCAGCACAUGACCUACAUGACCUACAUGACUCGGACUUGACAGAUUGGGAGCAGUUGGAGUUCCGCUAUGUCUACUGA